CCAGCCUCGGAUUUCAGUCGAGGAAGAAGGACGGAAACGUCACACGGGGAGAUGCAGCCAGCAGUAGCUGCUCCACCACUAAUCACACAACAUUAACAUAACGAGCUAGCGCAGCCCGCUAACGCAGCCGCGCUCCGUGGUUUUCGCACUCUCGGGUCCAACCGUACGCGAAUAAAGAAGAAAAAAAAACCCGCGAGAUUAAUUCACAGACGGUGCCAAAAAAACAACAACAACAGAAUAACGGGGGAAACGACGUUACGCGGUUGAGGUGGCCUCUCCUGUCUCGGCUAGCUUAGCGACACAGCCCGACGAUAGCGAACUCCGCCUUGGCUAGCGUCAGGCUAGCCCGGCCAGCUAGCUAGCUACUAACGUCGUUAACGGUUGUUAGCGAGCUAGCUAGCGCGAGCUGUGGUAACUUGCGUCAUGGACGAACUCGUCGUGGAAGUGAGGGGGACGAGCGGGGCCUUUUAUAAGGCCUUCGUGAAGGACGUCCUCGAAGGAGCGGUCACCGUGGCGUUCGAGAACAACUGGCAGCCGGAGCGUCAGAUCACAUUCCAGGAUGUGCGGUUUCCUCCCCCGACGGGCCCCUGCAAGGAGAUCAACGAGGGCGACGAGGUCGAGGUAUAUUCCAGAGCUAAUGACAAGGAGCCAUGUGGAUGGUGGCUGGCCAAAGUUCGCAUGGUCAAAGGAGAGUUUUACGUAAUAGAGUACGCCGCGUGCGACGCUACGCUAAAUGAGAUCGUGACGCUGGAGCGGUUGCGGGCGGUCAACCCCAACAAACCGGCCACCAAAGCCACCUUCAUCAAGAUCCGACUGGAAGUACCCGAGGAUCUACGGCAGAUGUGCUCCAAGGAAUCGGCGCACAAAGACUUCAAAAAAGCCGUGGGAGCGUUCAACGUCAUCUACGACUCGGAGAAAAAGCAGCUGGACAUUUUGUCUGUGAACGAGGUCACGACGAAGCGCGCCAACAUGAUGAGUGACAUGCACUUCAGGAGCCUCCGCACCAAACUGUCGCUCAUGCUGCGGAACGACGAGGCCAACAGGCAACUGGAGAAUUCCCGGCAGCUGGCGUCGCGGUUUCAUGAACAGUUUGCCGUUCGGGACGACCUCAUGGGUCUGGCCAUCGGGACCCACGGGGCCAACAUUCAGCAGGCCCGCAAAGUCCCCGGGGUCACCAACAUAGACCUGGACGAGGAGACGUGCACCUUCCACAUAUACGGAGAGGACCAGGAUGCUGUGCGCAUCGCGAGGUGUUUCCUGGAGUUCUCUGAAGAUAUCAUCAAAGUUCCUCGGGGCUUAGUGGGCAAGGUGAUCGGCAAAAACGGCAAGCUGAUCCAGGAGGUGGUGGAUAAGUCCGGCGUGGUCCGGGUUCGCAUCGAGCCGGAGAACGACAAGAAGCCCUCGGAGGCGGCGGCGGCGGCCGAGGGAAUGGUGCCCUUUGUGUUUGUGGGCACCAAGGAGAGCAUCUCCAAUGCCACCGUGCUCCUGGACUAUCACCUCAACUACCUUAAGGAGGUGGAUCUGCUUCGCCUGGAGCGCCUUCAGAUCGACGAGCAGCUGAGGCAGAUCGGAGGGGGAGGCGGAGGAGGUGGGACGGGCCCGCGCAACCUCAAAGACAAAACCUUCGUGUUCGAUAACGGCAUGGGGAUGGGGAUGGGGAUGGGGAUGGGGAGUGGGGGAGCAGGAGGCGGCGGGGGCAUCGGAGGAGGAGGAGGAGGGAAGCCCUACGGAGGACGGGGAGGAAGAGGCGGCCGGGGGCAAAGAGGAGCGGGAGGUGCGGCUUUCGCCUCAGGCACCAACUCGGAGGCGUCCAACGCCUCGGAGACGGAGUCGGACCACAAGGACGAGCUCAGGGAUUGGUCGCUCGCCCCCACCGAGGAGCUGCUGACGGGAGGCGGGACCAUGCCCAGGCGGACAGACGGGAGGAGGAGAGCAGGCGGGGGGCUGCGGGGACGAGGGGGGAGAGGAAGAGGAGGAGGAGGAGGGUACAAAGGCGACGACAUGCAGUGGAGCGACCCGCGGCCUCGCCACGUCCGAGACCCCAAGACGAGAGCGCCGGAAGACAAUCUGCAGAUCCGUGUGGACGGUAACAACGAGCGCAGCGUGCAGCACUCCUCGGGGGGGAGAGGCGGCGGCGGGCCCCCAGCCGUGGGCGCCGUGGGCGGAGGAGGCGUUGGCGAUGACCCGCCUCGCCAACAUCAGAGACCCAUCAGAGAGCGAGGGAUGAAGAAGGACAAACAGGACGCUCCUCCGCUGGUGAACGGAGUGUCGUAGACACACCACUGGAGGACCUUCUUACUGAGACACACACACACACACACACACACACACACACACAGGCAACUCGUCAUAAACCAUCGUACAGUCUCUCUCGCUUUUUUCUUUCUUUCUCUGUCUUCAUCGUCAAACACGUGAACAAACACACGUCUUCAGCACGGAGGAGUUCACCGUAGCGACGUCGUCGACCGGAGGCCGUCUGGGUUCUGCCGAGGGUCCGGGGUCCAGUUCGCCCACCCACUGGUCUGGUAUGUGUAAGGGAGAAAAAGAAAUGUGACUCUUUUUUUUUUUUGGGACAAAAGGAAAAGAAGAGGAGGGAUCCGACUCGUCUCAGCCCCAACGCGCUCCCCUUCCCGGCGCAGGCAAAUCACUUUUUGCUUGUUUUCUAUUUUCAAAUGAACUAAAAUGGGGUGAAUUUCCGAGAAAAAAAAUAGUUUUGCCACCGUCCCGUUUGGACUUCCUCACAAGGAAACACGAAAAUGAAAUAAUUGGUUGACGAGGAAACCCAGAAUGACGGCAGCAGGAACACAUGUGGAAGGAAGCUCCCUCCUGCUGCGCCACGUCGGCUCACCGCAGAUCGUCGAGCUCUUCUGAUUCUCUUUGCCGUUUCCCACGUGAAUAUCUAUGGCCAUGGUGUAUAUUUUAUUACAUUGUUUAUAUAUAUAUAUAUUGU